AUGGAGAAGUGUUUAUUCUGUCGGAUAAUCCAGGGUGAGUUUGGGGAUAUUUUGUGUGAGACCCAGGAGCACAUUGUAAUUGCAGAUAUUAAUCCUAUUACAACAGGACACCUACUUGUAAUCCCAAAAUAUCAUGCAGAACAACUAGAUAUUCUGCCAGAUGCGUACUUGCAGGGUGGCCUAGUGCUCAUCAAAAAGAUAGUCUUGCAGUUGGGCUUAAAGAAGUAUAAUAUACUGCAGAAUAACGGACACCAUCAGUCUGUGCACCAUGUCCAUUAUCACAUCAUACCGUAUGACGAAGAGACACAAGAAGGAAUUGACAUAAAUUUCACUGUCUCUGCCAGGGGGAAAGAAAGUCUUCCUGGGGUAAUUGAGGAGUACAAGAAGAAAUUGCAGGAAAUAUCGGAAAAAUAA